AUGGCGGAUCCAGCCGAAUGCAGCAUCAAAGUGAUGUGCCGGUUCCGGCCUCUAAACGAAGCAGAGAUCCUCCGCGGGGACAAAUUCAUCCCCAAAUUUAAAGGCGAGGAGACCGUGGUGAUCGGGCAAGGAAAGCCGUAUGUCUUCGACAGAGUGUUGCCUCCCAGCACGACUCAAGAGCAGGUUUACAACGCGUGUGCAAAGCAAAUUGUCAAAGAUGUCCUUGAGGGUUACAAUGGGACGAUUUUUGCAUAUGGACAGACCUCAUCAGGAAAAACACACACCAUGGAGGGGAAGCUACACGACCCUCAGCUCAUGGGCAUCAUUCCAAGGAUUGCGCACGACAUCUUUGACCAUAUCUAUUCCAUGGAUGAGAACCUGGAGUUCCACAUCAAGGUUUCCUAUUUUGAGAUCUACCUGGACAAAAUCAGGGACUUACUUGACGUAUCCAAGACAAACUUGGCUGUUCAUGAAGAUAAAAAUAGAGUCCCGUACGUAAAGGGGUGCACCGAGCGGUUUGUGUCAAGCCCGGAGGAGGUCAUGGAUGUGAUAGACGAAGGCAAAGCAAACCGCCACGUGGCUGUAACAAACAUGAAUGAACACAGCUCUAGAAGUCACAGUAUCUUCCUGAUUAAUAUUAAGCAAGAAAAUGUAGAGACUGAAAAAAAACUCAGUGGGAAGCUUUAUCUAGUUGAUUUGGCUGGGAGUGAAAAGGUCAGCAAAACUGGUGCCGAGGGAGCUGUUCUCGAUGAAGCUAAAAAUAUCAAUAAGUCUUUGUCUGCUCUUGGAAACGUGAUCUCUGCUUUGGCAGAAGGGACGAAAACACACGUGCCAUACCGGGACAGCAAGAUGACUCGGAUUCUUCAGGACUCUCUGGGUGGGAACUGUAGAACCACCAUCGUCAUUUGCUGUUCUCCCUCAGUCUUCAAUGAAGCUGAGACCAAGUCAACGCUCAUGUUUGGACAAAGGGCUAAGACCAUCAAGAAUACAGUCUCUGUGAACCUGGAACUGACAGCUGAAGAAUGGAAGAAGAAAUAUGAAAAAGAGAAAGAGAAAAAUAAGACUUUGAAGAAUGUUAUCCAGCAUCUGGAGAUGGAGCUAAACAGAUGGAGAAAUGGAGAAGCUGUGCCGGAGGAUGAGCAGAUCAGCGCUAAGGACCAGAAGACUCUAGAGCCGUGUGAUAACACCCCCAUCAUAGACAACAUUGCUCCCGUGGUCGCCGGCAUCUCUGCAGAGGAGAAGGAGAAGUAUGAUGAGGAGAUCUCCAGUCUCUACCGACAACUGGAUGAUAAGGAUGAUGAAAUUAACCAACAGAGCCAGCUGGCUGAAAAGCUAAAGCAACAGAUGUUGGAUCAGGAUGAGCUUUUAGCUUCCACGAGAAGAGACUAUGAGAAGAUUCAGGAGGAGCUGACACGUCUCCAGAUUGAAAAUGAGGCAGCCAAAGAUGAGGUGAAAGAAGUUCUCCAAGCUCUGGAGGAGCUGGCUGUCAAUUACGACCAGAAGUCACAGGAAGUGGAGGACAAGACCAGGGCCAAUGAGCAGCUGACAGACGAGCUGGCCCAGAAAACGACUACACUGACAACCACGCAGAGAGAACUGAGCCAACUGCAGGAGCUUAGCAAUCAUCAGAAGAAAAGGGCCACCGAGAUCCUGAAUCUGCUGUUGAAGGAUUUGGGGGAGAUAGGAGGAAUCAUUGGUACCAACGACGUGAAGACUUUGGCAGAUGUGAACGGAGUCAUUGAAGAGGAAUUCACCAUGGCCCGGCUGUACAUCAGCAAGAUGAAGUCAGAGGUCAAGUCUCUGGUGAACCGCAGCAAACAGCUCGAGAGCGCCCAGAUGGACUCCAACAGGAAGAUGAAUGCCAGUGAGCGGGAGCUGGCAGCAUGCCAGUUGCUCAUCUCCCAGCACGAAGCCAAGAUCAAAUCCCUGACUGACUACAUGCAGAACAUGGAACAGAAGCGGAGACAGCUUGAAGAGUCCCAGGACUCGCUCAGUGAAGAGCUGGCCAAGCUCCGAGCCCAAGAAAAAAUGCACGAAGUCAGUUUCCAGGAUAAGGAAAAGGAGCAUCUGACCCGGCUUCAGGAUGCUGAGGAAAUGAAGAAGGCACUGGAGCAGCAGAUGGAGAGUCACCGGGAAGCUCAUCAGAAGCAGCUGUCCAGACUCCGGGAUGAAAUCGAGGAGAAGCAGAAAAUCAUCGAUGAGAUUCGGGAUUUGAAUCAGAAACUGCAACUAGAACAGGAGAAGCUCAGUUCUGAUUAUAACAAGCUGAAAAUAGAGGACCAAGAGAGAGAAAUGAAACUGGAAAAGCUCUUAUUGCUCAAUGAUAAAAGGGAGCAAGCCAGAGAGGACCUCAAAGGGCUGGAGGAGACAGUGUCUCGAGAACUGCAGACUCUACAUAACCUCCGUAAACUCUUUGUCCAGGAUCUGACUGCGCGGGUUAAAAAAAGUGUAGAGCUGGACAGUGAUGAUGGAGGAGGCAGUGCUGCCCAGAAGCAGAAAAUUUCCUUCCUGGAGAAUAACCUGGAGCAACUCACCAAGGUUCACAAACAGCUGGUCCGGGACAAUGCAGACCUGCGCUGUGAGUUGCCCAAGUUGGAGAAGCGCCUGCGUGCCACGGCUGAGCGCGUGAAGGCGCUGGAGAGCGCGCUGAAGGAGGCCAAGGAGAACGCCAUGCGGGACCGCAAGCGCUACCAGCAGGAGGUGGACCGCAUUAAGGAGGCCGUGCGAGCCAAGAACAUGGCCAGGAGGGCUCACUCUGCCCAGAUUGCCAAGCCCAUCCGCCCUGGACACUACCCUGCAUCAUCUCCAACGGCGGUCCACGCCAUCCGAGGGGGAGGAGGCGGCUCUUCAAACUCCACUCACCACCAGAAAUAA